AUGGCUUCAUUGAUUACGAAAAAUCCUCACAUAUCUGACACAGUUAAUAAUAUGGGCCCGUACCGCGCAUUAAGGGGCCGGGUGAAUGGUUUGGGAUAUUCCCCGGAUGCAAGACUGAUGCCCUACUUGGAGAUAGUUGGAUUCGGACCAGCAACAUUGAUCUGGACGUUUUAUUUGCAGUACAAUUUAAUAUCCGCAUUGGUCGAGCGUUGGCGCCCGGAGACCCACACUUGUCAGUUGCCGUGUGGGGAGUGCACUGUCACUCUGGAGGAUGUUGCAUUGCAACUUGGGCUCCCAAUCUAUGAGAGUGACAUAACGGGCGUAAGUGCGAUAGCUGAGUUGGCUGCACUUUGUUAUAGCCUAGUAGGAGCCUUACCCGACGAUGAUAAAUCCAAUUUUUCGGGGGGUGUACUGAUGCUCGAUGCGAACAACAACAGGGUUCAUCUCCAGUAUUUAACUUUAUUAGCUGAUUUGCGUAAUGUUUGCUCGUAUAGUUGGGGUUCCACAGUUUUGGCUAUGUUGUAUAGUGACCUUUUUCAGAUGAUAAAGCCUGAUACCAUAGACAUAGGCAGAUGCCUUGUAUUGUUGCAGUCAUGGGCUCUUUAUCGGAUGUCAUUCUUGGUGUAA